ACUAUCCUCUGAGUAAAAGGCAAUUCACAAGCCCUAGUCUCAAAAUUGUGCUUCUCUCUAUCAAACUAAAUCAGAAAAAGGCGAAGAUGGUGAGAGUCAAGCAUGUUCUUCCCAAACGCUGUAAGGGAAAACCCACACUCAAAAGGAAACUCUGGGUGAAACAUCGCUGGACGCGUCUACUAGGUGCAGAAGGAUCACAACAAACCAAUGUUCAUCUUGAACUAGAGGUGGCAGAAGAAGACAAAGAGAAUCCUCCACAACCAAAUCUGGGAGAAUCAAACAUGAAGCAACCAGAUUCAAGAUCAGUAGACAACGAAGUCAGAAAUGUCGCAGAAGAUGAUGUGAUCCUAAACCCUAUAGCCACAAUCCCAGAAACGCUCUUCCUAAAAUACACAGGUACUCCACAGAAAGAGGACAUGCAAAGCAAGAAGAAGGAAGAUCUGCGGUCAGAAAAGGAAAUACCAGAGAUUGUGGACGAAGAACCUUUGAUAGCAUGUUCUGAUGUGCCAUUUGAAGGGGUACAAUUCACAACCCCAGCAUCCAAGAAACCAAUGGCGAAAUGUACUGGAUCCAGAUGGUCGUUGCGUCAAAAGGCGAAGGAGAAUCAAGAAUCAGAAGGGUUUGAAGAAAUUCAAACAAAAGAAGUGCCAAAGAAGGACCUUAAGCGUAAGGAGAAAGCAAUGGAUGACCAGGAGGAGAGCUCAAAGAAGCAGAAAACAUUAUCUCCUUCAGCAAAACUCACAACCAGAAGUCAGACCAACCAGAGGAAAGAUGCAAAAGCAGAAAAGUCACCCAAACCAGGGAAGUUUUCUAAACAUCUGUUUGUUUCAUCAAUUGCUAGUUCAUACAUGUCUGAAAUUGUCAAGAAAACCAUUCUGCCGCAAAGAAGUAUUGAUGUUGAGGAUUUUGAAGCAAAAACAAACUUAAUCCCUGUGCUGAAAAAGUGUAAUCUGCUUAAAUCAAUCACUCUGCCUGGUUCUUAUGUGAGGGUUGCAACAUUCACACUGACCCUUCAUACCACAAAGUGUUUGGUUGUUGCAUAUCACUGGCUCCCAACCACCCAUAUGAACACAGUCCCACUCUGCAUAGCCACACUCAUUUACAAAAUUAAGCAUGAGAUACCUGUGAAUCUUGGGAAAAUCAUCUUUGACCAGAUCAUGAGCUUUGCAUCUGAGAGGGCCAAACAGAAUUCUAAUGGGCUUCCUUAUCCUCUUCUUAUUUAUCAAAUGCUUAAAUCUCAGAAGCUUGUAGUUGCAGAUGAAGAAGAACCUGCUCCUCCUCUUCUCCAGGUUGAUUUAAGGCACUUUGAAGGAAGACACUACAAUGACAUGGCAGCAAGGGAGAAACAGAAGUCAGCCCCAGCAGUUCUUCAGUCAGACUUUUCCAAAACAGCUUUCAUCAAAGGAGAAAUUCAGAUGCUGCAAGAGAAGAUUGAAGAAUACAAGAAGCUGAGCAAAGAAGCUGAAAUCAAAAAGAAAAAAUGGGCCAUUAUCCUGUCAUCUAUGGACAUCACUACAGAUGAAGCUGCUGAAUCUCAGGGGGAGAAGUCCAAGCAAGAUGGAUCAGAUGAUGCUGCAACACAGGGGGAGCAAAGUGAAGAUGAUGAAGCCAUUGAGGAAGAAGAGGAAAGCUCAGAUGCCGCAGAUGAUAAUCCAGCAAAUGAGGAGUCUGAUUUUGAAGCAGAACUUCACAAAUUUGAUGAUUAACCUCUUCAUUGUUUUUUUUGAAAACUCUACUGUCUUUGGCUACUCAUUUUUUUAUGGGAUUGUUCUGUCCCAAAAUGAAAACGAGUUACAUUACAACCACCAUAUUUGUUAACAGUUUGAGUCCUGCAUCCGUACAUCUCCUCAGUCCCUGUGCUCUCCAGGAUCAGCUUGUUAUUACCUACAUGUAGAAAGACGGAACAAACUACACGCUCAGCGAUAAACACAGUGAGAAAUAUCUAAUGCUAGAAUCAAUUUCACAGAUAGUAUCACAUUUGUAUAAUCAACAACAUCAGUGAACAAUCAACAUUUAUUAUCAGUUACAAUACUAAGGCUAAAUUAAACAGACUAGAGUUACGGACACUUGAGCGGAUCCCUCGAGGCCGAUGCUCGAAUAAACCCAAAGAGAAUCCUCAAUGGCGGGUUGGAGUCUCUAUCAAGAAAUCCCUUAGGUAGAACAGUGAGUCCCAUACAUACGUUUUGAACCCUUGACCACUGGAUAUGCAACCAUGCUCUACAAGGCCUGAACUUAAUAACAAUCCUAUUGGUGAUUAAACUAUCCAAUUUAGAUCAGAUCCGCAUAGGUAUACUAGGUGGCCAAUUUUCAAAAGAGUUCUCAAGUGAUAACAAUCACCAAAACAUUUCCAUAAACAGAACAACACACUCAGCGGCCUAUCGGAAGAAUCACUUCUAACUGAUUACCAUCAUGCUCAAACAACACGUUUUAACCCAACAAUACUAAAAAUAACUUACCUGUACUUGUGUCGUGAACUCGGGACUAAAGACUUAACCUUAGG